GAAAGCCGAGAGGCGGGGCUGUGCGUCUCGGCGGGCCGUGGCGGGGCCAUGGCGAGCGCUGAGUCCUGCGCGCCCGGGAUGCGGGCGUCUACCCCGGGACCCCGGACGGGCGGGACCCCGGACUGCGCGGCGGGCGCGAUGAGGCUGCCCUUCGGGCGAAGCGGCAGCGGAAUCCCCCGGCUGGCAGAACGCCCCCCGGCGAUUGUGGAGAAGAGAGGACCGUACAUGGUGACGCGCGCGCCUUCCAUUCAGGCCAAGCUGCAGAAACACCGGGACCUGGCCAAGGCCGUUCUGCGGAGAAAAGGCAUGCUGGGGGCCUCGCCGAACCGCCCCGACUCUUCAGGGAAAAGGUCAGUGAAGUUUAACAAGGGCUACACUGCCCUUAGUCAGAGUCCAGAUGAAAACCUGGUGUCCCUCGACUCUGACAGUGAUGGGGAGCUGGAAUCCAGAUACUCCUCCGGGUAUUCCUCUGCAGAGCAGGUGAACCAGGAUGUGAGCCGGCAGCUGCUCCAGGAUGGGUAUCACCUGGAUGAGAUUCCAGAUGACGAGGACCUGGAUCUCAUCCCUCCCAAGCCCGUGGCCUCGUCAACAUGCUCCUGCUGCUGGUGCUGUCCUGGGAACUCUUCCUCCUGUACCCUUCAGUAGACACAGGCCCCUAGGACGCGCCCUGCUCACCAUGCCUGCAGCAGAGCCCUGUUGGCCCUUCUUAGGUCACAGAGUACAGUGGGGCCUGCUGUCAGCCUCAGAAUCACUGGAGGCACUGACCCUCUGGGAAGGUCAAUGACCUAUAGUUAUCCCUUCCCUGGUGCUUCUCAGGCCAGAGGCCCCCAUCUGGGCCAUAGGGUGAUAGGUGGGAUUCUGCAGUUUUCCUCUGCUGUUGGAGCAGAGUUUGGAGAAACCACCUUUAUAAGGGCAGGAACAGGUGAAUUCUGGCUCUUGUGGUCAGGGACAAAGCUGGCUAAGGAAAACUUGCAAAUAUCUUGACCGGUAGUUGUCAUGCUCUUUGGAGGGAGAAAGAGCCUUUGUGCCCAGGCUGUGCCGGAUGCAGAAAAUGUGUCUGGAAGCAGAAAAUAGCACUUUAUGGCUUUCAGUUCGGGAGUCUUUGAAAAAUGGCUGCAUGGAACCAGUUUAAGAAAUUCCACAUGCUCUCCUCCUCCUGGCUCCAUGAUGGGUUACAUGCUUGACUCUCAAGAAAGCAUGAAGCAAGGCCCUCUGGGCCUUUCCCUUGUGCCUGCUUGGCUGUGGCAGGGAAUACAGCAGGUUGCUUGAUGGCACAGCAGGAACAAGGCUUCCAGAAUCUCCAGACCCACCCAGGGCAUCCCCAGCUGGCUCAGACUGUCUGGGUGGAUUUAGUGACUGUGGUCAGCCCACCCCUAGUUAGAGAAAAAUUGCUCCGCUAUGUACAUAUUUAUUUAUUUGUCUUUCCUUGAUGGCCAUUCUCUGCCUUGUUCUUAGUUCAGUACCCAGUCUUUGUAAAGGUCGGGUGAAGGGCCUGGAGCUUGUCCCAGAAGCCUGCAGGUUUGGGUGACCAGCAGAGGGAGCUGCAGGGAGCGGUCAGGCACCUCCCUAUUGAGCUUUUUAAACUUGGGAAUGGCAGUGGGUGAGAAAUGUAGUGCUACAAUCACGUGGGCUUUGACAGCCAGAGGCUCACAGGAUGGGGAGGAGGGACCUGCGCCAGCUUCCGAGCCCCUGCCUACGGAGCUAAUAGUCCAUUGCAGAGGGUUUUCCUUCACCCCAGCAUGGGCCUCAUGGCAGAUACAGAGGAACAGGCUUCACAGUAAACCUGGG